UUUUUUGGCUAACAUUUUCAAUGAUUUUGGAAAUUAAACCGAUAUUUUGAAAAACUUAACUUUAUUUUAUUGAAUUGCAAAGUUUGAAGUUUGUGAACCCCAAAAGAAGUGCAAAUUUUGAAGUCAACACCAAACAAAGUUUUCAAAGAUAAUUUUAGUUGUGUGAAUAAGAAACUGGUAUUUGAAUAAAAUGGCACAUUCAACUCCUCAGGGUAUUGGCCUGUUAAAUGGAUUUAAGCGCGUAACACGCUUUGAUAAAGGUCUUGGUGCACAAUUGCCGGAAGCUUACAAGAAAUUCUGGCGUGAAUGGAAGGUUAUGCGACCAGCUGCUGUCCAUUAUAUACCAAAAGAAAACGAAUGGGAACGUGAUGAGAUUACUGGUCAAAUCAAAUCUUUUCAAAAUGUGGAUAUACCCUUAAUCGAUACACCAGAAUCGCAUGAAGGUAUAUGGGGUGGUGAAGCAGUUAUCAAAGGUUUUCAAAAACGCUCACGUACAAAACGUCGAGUGCCUCACUUUUGGGUGCCAACAUUACGACGAUCAGUCGUCCACAGCGAUGUAUUAAAAAAGCAUAUAUCUGUGGUUUUGACAGAUCGAACUUUGGAGAAAAUACAUGAAAGUCGUGGAUUUGAUCAUUAUCUUUUAAAGUAUCCUGCUUGUGAUUUGCGUUCCAUUCUGGCUCUCAAAAUUAAGCGACAUAUUUUGCUGGAGUUAUUAAAUGGUUGUCCAACACACAAUGAAAAUCCUAAUGAACAAGAACGAAUCCUAAAAGAAUACCAAUGUUAUCUAGAAGCGUAUACAAUUGAAGAAAUAGAUUGGUAUGGUCAUACAUAUCAAGAGGCUAUUAAAAAACUACUUCAACAAAUUCGAAAAGAAAGUGCUACGCUACCACACAAAGUAGAAUUCCGUAUGAAAUUACUAGAGCAACUGCGUAACACAAAUAAUCCAAAUGAUAAUACAGUUGAAACUAGUAGUCCCACAAAUGACGAUUCAAAGAUAGCAAAGGACAAAAUAUCUUCAACAGAAGCGAUUAAGGACAAGAUUACAGAAAUAGCUGAUGUUCCUAAACAAUCAUCAGAUGCAUCAACAUCUUCUUGGCUUUCGCGCAUUAAUCCAUUUGGGCGAAAACAAACAUAAAUCUAUAAAAUAAAAAUUAGAACAGCAUAUAUAUUAUACAUUCCUUAUAUAUGCUGUAUAAUUAAAUAUAAAAACAAAAGCUAAAACAAAAAAAAAAAACAAAAAAAAUAUUAAAAAACAAUUUUGGGCAAAGAGACAACAAAAAAACAUUAAAAAACUUAAUAACAACAACUUAUUAAAAUCACAAAACAAUUUUGGGCAAUUUAAUGAUGGGACAUAAUAAUACCAUAUAUCAAUUUUGGGUAAUUUAUCAAUGGGACAUAAUAAUAUAUCAAUUUUUGGACUAAUUUAAAUAAUUUGGUUAAACAAAAUUUCGGAUAAAUUAUACUACUUAUGUGCUAUUGUAAUACUAUUAAGUGAGUUAUUACUAUCGUACACUGAGUAGCUACUAUCACCCCCUAAAUUAUUCGUCAAUAUUAUACAAGUUAAUCAACUGUUAUUUAUUGUAUAAAAUAAGAAAACAAUUUAAUUUAAUUCAUAUUUAAAAACAAAUGUUAAGCGUCGUCACCAUUAAUUGAUCAAUUAAAUACAUACAAUUGUAAUAAACAUUUCCACUAAUUCCAAAAACAAAAAAAACAUCAUACAUCGACAUAAUGAGUUAUUCCUCCGGUCACACUAUACCAGAAAAUCAUCGAUUAAUUUAAGUGUUGAAUGUUUUAUUAUGUGCCAUUUUUUGAAACUCUCCCAACAAUAUAAAAUGUUAAAUGAUAUAAAUUGUAAAAAAUGAGAACAACACAUAAACAAAAAUAUUGCAAAACUGUAACUUAGAAAACCCAAAAAGAUUAGAAUAUAAAAAUUAAUCACAUACACAACAAGCCGCCAGUUUUCAAUGAAACGAUAUAUUGUAUUUUAAUUUUAAAUUUUUCACAUAACUUACAUAUGCUAUUAUUCUAUCUUUCAAAAACAUCAUUGUUUUAAUUUAAUUUAACAUAAAAUGUAAAUUUUACAAAUUUUCAUUAUUUGUACACUUUAAAGUGUAAAAUAGCAAUAAGCAAUGCUUUUGCAUCUUUUUUUUUGUUAAAUUAAAUAAUAAACAAUUUUAU